UGGCUUGUGGGAAACUUACAUGUUAGACAAACCGCCAUCUUUCUUUUUGGAGAAUUAGCAGGGCAAAAUAACAACCAGUUCUGAAUGAUCAUUUAUACAUAACUGAAAUGCUGGAGAAAUUCCUCUUCGUCAUUUACUGUAAAUAAUAAGUGUAAAGUGAUACGAGUGAAACGGAACUCCAGAUACUGCCCAAACACUAGACAUAAGACACAGUAGUUUGGGGUAAGCGCUGUGCUAACGCUAGUGGAGGUAGGCAACAUGGGCCGAUCUCGGAGCCGCAGCUCGUCCCGGUCGAAACACUCCAAAAGCAGCAAGCACAGCAAGAAACGGAGCCGGUCGCGGUCUAAAGAUAGGGAGAGAUCUAAAAAGCGGUCUAAGUCCCGAGAAUCAAAAAGGAACCGUCGCAGAGAGUCUCGAUCCCGUUCUAGGUCCACUACAGCCUCAUCCCGCAGAGAAAGACCAGCCUCGCCGCCCGAGCGCAUCGACAUCUUCGGCAGGACUCUGAGCAAGAGAAACGCUUUGGACGAGAAGCAGAGGAAGGAGGAGGAGGAAAGAAGGGCAGAAAUGGAAAGACAUAGGAAGAUCCGGCAGCAGGAGAUCGAGGAGAAGCUGAUCGAGGAGGAGACGGCACGGAGAGUGGAGGAGCUGGUUGCCAAGCGAGUGGAGGAGGAGCUGGAGAAGCGGAAGGACGAGAUCGAGCGGGAGGUGCUCCGGCGCGUUGAGGAGGCAAAGCGCAUCAUGGAGCGGCAGCUGCUGGAGGAGCUGGAGAGGCAGCGGCAGGCAGAGUUGGCGGCGCAGAAGGCCAGAGAGGAAGAAGAAAAAUCAAAGCGGGAGGAGCUGGAGAAAAUCCUAGAGGAGAAUAACCGCAAGAUCGCCGAUGCUCAGGCCAAGCUGGCUGAGGAGCAGUUGCGUAUUGUAGAGGAGCAAAGAAAGAUUCACGAGGAGCGCAUGAAGCUGGAGCAAGACCGACAAAAGCAGCAGAAGGAAGAGCAGAAAAUCAUCCUCGGCAAGGGCAAGUCCAGGCCCAAGCUGUCCUUCUCUCUCAAGGCUACCGAAUAAGACUACUCCAUCCACACGCCCCGCCCCGCCCUGCCUUCACCCCCCAACCCAGCUCUCCCUCCAUCAAUCAACCAACCAACCCCACCCCUCUUCAGAGGAAUGGUCGCUUCGUUUUGGAAGUGCUGAAGGAAGGCAGAGGAAAGAGGUGUGUGGACUCGCCCUUUCCUGUGAAAGGCCCACGUCGAGCCUCCCGGCCUUAAAGAGGAGGUAGCUCAUCUCCAUUAAAAGACCUGACUGCUCCUUCCAUCCUCCCUCCUCACCACCGCACAGAUGAAUUCUGCUUUUCUUUCUCUCCAGUUUUAUUUUCAUUUUUAGGGAACUCAACCUUUAGAGAAUAUUGAAUGCUUUAACGUGUCCCUUUUUCUGGAAGUCUUAACUCUGUAACAUUGCGCAACUGUGCGCCUGCGCUCUUACAUGUCUACACCGCCAGCCGACCACACUCUUUACCAGUCGCUGAUGUAGAAGAGUAUGUGUGAUUUUGUCUAGUUCGGUCUACUGUAAAAGCUCAUGAAUGGCUUGGGAGUUGGCCUGUGAUUUUUCUGUUUUCCAUUUUUUCAUUCUGUGGUGACAAAUCCCAGCCCAGCUAAUCAAAGCACAGUUAAUGUCCCGUCCAGCUGACCGGUCUGUGGCUUCCACCUUCAUUACUUCCUUCACUGUAUACACCUACAGACACCUUUUUUAUUUUUGCUUCACCUCUGUCGACAAUGUAUAUAUAUAUAUUUUUUUCUUUCUAAAUGACAGCAUUAUCUCUAGCUGAGAGGAAAUGAUAAAGCUUAUGUUAGAUCUGAAGGGCUCCCAUGGCUGAACCACGAGCCUACAACAGGAAGCGUCGUCUCUGACAAGGGGGCCUGUGGGAUGGUGGGGGACAGAGAGAGCGUUGCCUGUAUGAUGUAAUUUUACUAGCCUUGCUGUGAUGUGCUGAGUCCCACUCCUCCCCAAGUUAACAAAAAGUCCCAGUAAUAGUAAACACUUGGGUUUAGUUUUAUCAGACUCUUUGGGACAACACCCGGCCAUAAGGUCCCGGUACACACCCAGUUUAGCUGUAGUACAUGAACUUGGCAAGGCGCUACACUCGGUAAGUCUUGAAUCGUAUAGGAUGGACAAGUUCAGGUAAGAUAAGGUUUGAGGUCGUGUGCGUGUCCGAUUGUUUGUGUGUGUGUGUGUGUGUGUGUGUCCGACCUCAGGUGGGUAUAAUUUUUGUUAUGUUGUGGGAUUUUGUAUUUGUCAUGUAAUAUCCCCCCAAUUGUCAAGGGACUAAACAGUUGAAUAAAUCUAUUGAAUGCCGUGUGUCCGCAUGCGCCAAAGCCCUCCUCGUUACUAGGCUGAAGUGAUGUGCUGAAGCUGCUUAACAUGGCCCUUCCAACCAGGUCAGGGUCUCACUUGGUCAAUGAUAAUCUCUAUUACAGUUAGGUAUGUGAUGCACGCAGUGUAUUGUCACAUGAAUCUUUUGAUUCUAACCUGUUUGUGAAAUUCAAUAGUCAUUGAAUGAAAGUUUCAUCUCCUAAUAUCUACUUGAAUAUCCAAAGCUAAUUUGAUAUUGUCUAACAUCCAUUCUAUGACGAGACAAUAAAUGUAUGUUUACUUAU